CGGGUAGUCUUGUCACCGUGCAAUGACAGAGGACAAGUCAAAGCAUUUGUCUCGUCUCUAUCCUCACGUCGACGAGACGGUGACGCCGCUUCCGCGCUGCUGGAGUCCGAAAGACAAGUUUACGUUUAUUGGACUGUCUCAGCAGAACCUGCGAGUGCACUACAAAGGAGCUGGAAAGAAUCACCACCGAGACGCGGCGUCCGUUCGCACUGCUCAUCCCAUCCCCGUCGCCUGCGGGCUGUACUACUUCGAAAUCACGGUGGCGAGCAAAGGAAGAGACGGGUAUGUGGGUAUCGGCUUGUCUGCACCGUCGGUCAAUAUGAAUCGCUUACCGGGAUGGGACAAGAACUCAUUCGGAUACCAUGCAGAUGAUGGACACUCGUUUUGCUCAUCCGGUAAUGGCCAACCCUACGGUCCCACCUUUACAACAGGAGACACAGUUGGAUGCUGUCUGAACCUCAUCGAUCGAACAUGCUUCUUCACAAAGAACGGCGUCAACCUUGGAAUUGUAUUCGGCGACUUACCGCAUAAUCUCUAUCCAACCGUUGGUCUCCAGACACCCGGAGAAGUAGUUGAUACCAACUUUGGCAAAAGCCCUUUCGUGUUUGAUUUCAAAAGUGUCCUCCAGGAGUAUCGAGCGAGAAUGCGGUCGGUCAUUGAGAGAUUUCCCGUCUCCAUUUCCGAGGGUUCGUGGCAGUCGACUCUACACAAGGUAGUGUCCGGUUACCUCGUUCACCACGGUUAUCACGAGAGCGUAGAAACAUUUGCACAGUCAACAGGACAAACUUUGGAUGAAGAAUUCAGUUCAAUAAAAAGGAGAAAAAAGAUUCAGAAGUUAGUUCUCGACGGUCAAAUCAGCCAUGCCAUCAAACUCACAAAGCAAGUCCUCCCCGGUCUCCUAGAACAGAACGCCAACCUUCUUUUCACUCUACGUUGCCGCCAGUUCAUUGAAAUGGUUGCAGGUGUAGACACGGGGACACUCGACACCGACUCCGGCGAUGACAUCAUCAUCGCCCUGUCACCCACAUUGGCACGGCAACCAACCCCAGAGAGUGAAGCAAUGGACACAUCGGGUGUCGUCAGCAUCGGAAACCAAGAAGAACGACACGUAUUUGCCGAUUCGUCGCAUCACCAGUCACACCGGAGUCCGUCGAGACUUGGACAAGGUCACCACGGCAAGGCGGGCGCCAUGCAUCGAACCGGGUCACGCGAGAAAGUCCACAAGAGUCCGACUUUGAGUUCGACCGAAAUCAGUUUAUCAGACAUGCCGAACAUACUCGAACAAAGUUGUAACAACGCGACCGUUCAUUCGCCCACGAACGGUGGGAGUCAUACUAAUGGUGUGGGGGUGGUCAAUGAGGACGAGAGCGACGACGAAGAUGAUAUUAUUGAUGGGAUGAUUACUAAUGGUGCAAAGGUGGAUGACGAGGUUGAUGGGAUGGAGAGUAAUGAGAUGAUGGAUGUGGAUGAGGUGGGCGAGCGUGUUGUGCAGUCGGUGAGCGAAGUGAGCAGCAGCAGCGUCCAGUCGGUCUGCACGGUGCCUGUUACCACACGGACAGUUUCAGUUCGAAGUAAAGUUGAGAGUGUGGGUGACGAGAAGUCCUUAGACACGAGACUGUGUGGUGGGAAUCGAGCUGCAUUAGAGCGAUUAUUGCAGUUUGGGUGUGAGCUGCGGUUGUUCAAUUCCGAGUUGCAGAAAGAACACGGCCAUAGUCCAGCUAAUGAUAAAUUGUUAAAUGAAGCAUUUAGCCUACUCGCAUACCCUGAUCCAUGGUCUAGUCCUCUUGCGCAUCUCCUCAGUCCGACACAAAGAGAACCAGUGUGCGACACCCUCAAUGGAGCAAUACUCGAGUCUCACCAGCUGUCGAAGCAGUCGUCGUUAGAACUCGCUGUUCAACACACACGUCAAUGUUUGAGACUGAUGUCGACAUCUGGGAUCGGUUCGUGUGCGUUUGUGGCUGUUGAUGACUUCGCAUAGCGACUAUGGCUUGUCGUGUAUAUCAAUUGGAGAUGCAUAUUUGCUUGUUGAUAGGAUUUAUUUUAUGGCCAUUUCUUGAGUUGAGGAUACGGUACUCUUUCUGUGCAGAUAUAAACGACCACCUUUGUCAGUUGAUUUGACAGUUGUAAUUGUAAUACAAAUGAGACACUCAUGAAAUACCUAACAUA